CACCCAGACCCGGCCAGGUCUUCCUUCUCUUUAAUCCUGCUUUCUUUGGUCCUCCUCAGCCUGCCAGGCGCGGGGCUCGCUCCGGUAGCGGGAGGGAGACUGGAGGGGAACCGAGGGAACGAGCACAAUCCUCACUGAGCCAGGAGUUGUCCACUGACUGGAGGAAGGUGCCAAAGCUGACCCCGGCUCCAGCCUGCGAGCGGGCGGGGGCAGAGACGGAGCCCAGCCUCGCCUUAUUUCCACCAAUCACAGGCCGCCCAGCAGGGUCGGAGACGCUCUGGGCUCCAGGAGAGGCUGAGCUCGCUCGGCAGGAGGCGGGGAUUGCGGAAAAGAAGAACCAAUAGGAGAAAAGGUUCCCCGCCCCUUUGCCUUGAUGGACUACCACAUUCGGGCCAAUGGGAGAAUUCUCAUUUCGAAGAAAGCGGGACUUGAGAAAGAAGCUGCGCGGAGCAGGAGGGGUCGGGGCUGCGCCGCGUGGAGUGGCCUGGCCUAACAGCAGGGAGGGCAGAGCUAUGCUCUUUGACCUCCCAGAAGAGUCACGUGGGCUGACCCGGAGCCGGGGCGGAAAGGGUGCAUUAGUUUCUUCCGGGUCAUUGACAGAAGCGUCAAUUCCUGGGAGUAGUUCGUUGGUUUGCCCUUCAUCCUUUUGCCUGCUCCCGGCGAGGGGUGGCUUUGAUUUCGGCGAUGAGCUCCCAGAAAGGCAACGUGGCUCGUUCCAGACCUCAGAAGCACCAGAAUACGUUUAGCUUCAAAAAUGACAAGUUCGAUAAGAGUGUGCAGACCAAGAAAAUUAAUGCAAAACUUCAUGAUGGAGUAUGUCAGCGCUGUAAAGAAGUUCUUGAGUGGCGUGUAAAAUACAGCAAAUACAAACCAUUAACAAAACCUAAAAAAUGUGUUAAAUGUUUACAAAAGACAGUGAAGGAUUCUUAUCACAUAAUGUGUAGACCGUGUGCCUGUGAACUUGAAGUUUGCGCAAAAUGUGGAAAGAAAGAAGACGUUGUUAUUCCGUUGAAUAAAGAAACAGAAAAAAUAGAACAUACUGAAAAUAAUCUAAGUUCCAACCAUAGAAGAAGCUGCAGAAGAAAUGAAGAAAGUGAUGAUGAUUUAGAUUUUGAUAUUGAUUUAGAAGACACAGGAGGAGACCUUCAAAUGAAUUAAUAUCACUGUAUUAAAAGUUGGCUGGGCACAGUGGCUCACGCCUGUAAUCCCAGCACUUUGGGAGGCCAAGGUGGGUGGAUCACCUGAGGUCGGGAGUUCGAGACCAGCCUGACCAACAUGGAAAAACCCCGUCUCUACUAAAAAUACAAAAUGAGCCAGGCGUGGGUGGCACAUCCCUGUAAUCCCAGCUAGUCCAGAGGCUGAGGCAGGAGAAUCACUUGAACCCAGGAGGUGGAGGUUGUGGUGAGCCGAGAUGGUGCCAUUGCACUCCAGCCUGGGUGACAGAGCGAGACUCUGUCAAAAAAAAAAAAAAAAAGUAAAUUUAAGAAUGUGAAAUUCUGACCACCUUUGGCUUUGAGUAUUUUCCAAAAGAUACUGUGAAAUCCUAAUGAGGAAAUCAGAAAAAGCUAUGGAAAAAUAGACAAAUUUCAUACAGGAACAAUGUAAAUUGUGUAUAUUACUUAAUACCAAACUAAACAAGAUUCAGAAUUGAUGGUUGUAUAAGAACUAGCUCAUGUAAAAAUAAGAUGACAUUAUAUUGCCUCAAAAAUUGGUCGUCAGUAAGUGCCUUUUGAUAAAUGAUCUCAAAUAAAUGACUCAUAGCAAAA